GUUGAUUUCAAUUUGUUUGCCACGAUAGAAAUAAUUAAAUUCAGAUUUUAGUUGUGCAAAACUUGAUCGCUUGCAAUUGGAACGAAUGAAACAUGGAUAAGCGACAGCGUGAGCUGGAGGCUCUAGUGGCCACGCAGAAGGAGCAGUUGUCACGAUACGAGAAGCGGCUCAAGGACGUGGUCACAGCGUACAAGGGCUUGCUCAAAGAGAAGGAGGCACUGGAGACGAGCUUAGCAGCGCAUGCCGAAGCUACAUCUGGCAAGGAUUCAAAUGCUGUCGAUUCCAAAGCAGUCGCAACCGGCGGCGAAGUAAAUGGCGAUGCGACCGAUGACUCCACAGCCUCAGGCAGCGAUAUAGCCGGGGGCAAUGAGGAAAAAGGUCAGCUACAGACGCAGAUAAUAACACUCAUGAAUUCCCUGGCUACACUUUCUGCGGAAAAGUCUCGGAUGGAGGCGUCAUUUCAGGCGGACAAGAAGCAGCUGCGCGCACAGAUAGCUCAAAAGGAACAGAUCAUACAGGAGCUGCACGCCAAGGCCAAGGAGCAGGCGCAGCGCGCUAAAAACGACGUGGAUGAAGUGAAAGCAAAGUGGAUCAUUGAGAGGCAGGAACGUGAAAAGGAGACCAACAAUCAAAUGAUUAUGCUGCGCGAGCUCCAGAAGCUGUACGCAGACGAGCGACACCUCAAAGAGAACAUUGAGAUGCAGCUGAACAAUUUUAAAACCCAGUUUGCCAGCAACGAGGCCGAGAAUAGCCGCCUGCGAGAGCUGCAGCUCCAGUUGAAGGAGGCGCGUGCCCAGCUCAAGCAAUGGCAGGCCAAAGCGGAGCAAACAACUGCUGCAAUAUCGGCGACCGAUAGCAACGUGUUACUGCAGCAGGUGCGCCAGGAGAUGCAGCAAUUGAAGGAGCAGCACUCGGUGGCCAUCAAGCAGGAGCAGCGACGCGUGCUGCGUGCCGAAGAGCAAAGCCGACGACAGGCAGCCUUGCAUGAGGAUCGGGUGGCCAACUUGGAGUCUCGCCUGGCCGAGCUAAGCAACACGGUUGGCAGCUACGACCGUUUGCGACAACAGGAUCAGGACAGCAUCCAUGCUCUCAAGCAGCAGCUGCAGGAGCUGGAACAGCUGCAAGCCCGUACAGCGCCGGGUAGUACAGUACAGGAGGUCAAAGAUAGCGAGCAGGAUAUAGGUGCUCUGGUGGAUGAGAUUGUGCGUCUCAAGAAGUUGCUAACUAGUGCCAAUGCGCGCUCCUCCAAUCCCAUAGACCUCAACACGGUGCUGGCCAGCAGCCAUGCGACAGCCAGCGCUGACAGCCACGUCCAGUGUGAGCAGCAGUUGCAGAACCUGCAGAAAUUGCUGGACAACAGUAAGCAGCAGGAGGCGCAUCUGCAGCAGAAGAUUCAGCUGCAGCAGACACACAUCCAGACACUGCAGGACAAGGUGCAGGUGCUCAAUCGCAACAUUGACGAGGCCGAGCUUGAGCUGAAGCAGCAGGGUGACAAGAUGCGCAUAGCGCUCAAGAACGAGCGUGCCAAGUGGCAGGAGGCGAAGGCGGAGUUGGAAAAUGAGACGCGUUGCAAACUGAACGAGCUGGAGCAGUUGCUGCAAAAACAGCGGCAGCGUUCACUCCAACUGCUCGACGAGAAGGAGCAGGAGAUUAAAACGUUGCAGACCUCCUUCGAGGUGUUCCACAAGCCAAACGCGUCGCCUCUAGAAACCAGCGAAACUUUUGCCUACUCCUCAGACGCGGACAGCGUGGAGGUCGAGGGCGAACGGGAGACGAAGAUGAAGGUCAAGCCCAAGAAGCUGUCAUUGGGCGAGAACUGUCACAUGCUGCACUACGCCAACGAGCUGGCUCGCAAGGACAUUGAGAUUACAGCGUUGCGCAAAUCCAAAUACGUUGCGGAGUCGACGCUUAGGAAAGCUAUACAGGAUAAAGUUACGGCGCAGCAGGAGAUGCACGAAAAGAUAGAACAGCUCGAGGAGCAAGUGGAUAGAUUGGAGCGCUGCAAGACGCGCGAGGGCGCCAACUUGGAGUAUCUGAAGAACGUUGUCAUUAGCUUCAUUGUCACGAGAGAUGCGGAGGACAAGCGACAUAUGCUGAACGCCAUCAGCGCUGUCCUUCAGUUCACCAGCAGCGAGAUGCACACCAUCAACGCAGCAUUCCAAAAGAAAUAGCCCACAUUCGAAACAUUACUAUAG